AUGGCUCAGAAGGAGAAGGCAGCUGACGAGGCAACCGAGUCCAGUAAUUCUUGCAUUUCUGACCAAGUCUCUCCACCUGGCUCCACUAUUGAUGUCCUCGCAGAUCGCUUGGGUACCAUUGAGGAGCAUCUCGCCGACAUCAAGAAGACCCUCGACAAGUUUGAACAAACUCUCGAACAAACUUUCAAGAACAUGAACGAAAAGAUGGACAAAGUCUUUUCAGAUCUCUGUGAGGAAGUAAGGGCAUUUGGCAAUGAACACUCGCGACUUUCUCAAAGCGGCGACUUCUCUCGCAGCGAACCUGGCGCUCCUCCUUCGUCAAGCGUCCUGCUCAUCCCCCGUAGAAACUUCGACAAGCAAGCACCUUCCAACCCAGUCCCUGUUGGUCACCCCGCAUAUCUCUUUGUCGUUCUAUCUGGCUCAGGUUCUACGCGUCAGUUUGGCUAUCCUGCUGUCGGCUGUGAGGGUGGCAGCUUUGUCACUGUCAGAGGCUUGGAGCUGGCCAGAUUCGAUGAGGACGGCGAAGUGUUUGACAUGACACCUAGCGAUUCUUUCAUCGGUAACUUCUUGGAAGAUGUUGAUGUGUGA